AUGCUGGACCUGCUGCAAAUCCGGUCAUACGUAUAUGCAGAAGAGCCCAACAUUGAUAUACACAAUUUUGUGGGAACCUUCACAAGGGAGGACAGUGACCCUUCUGUGAAUGAAAGCUUAAGCAUAGAAAACACCCUGUGGGCCAGCACAGUGAUUGCAUCAGGUACUGUUGUGGGAGUUGUCCUCUACACUGGAAGGGAGCUGCGCAGUGUGAUGAAUACUUCAAACCCAAGAAGUAAGAUUGGUCUUUUUGAUUUAGAAGUGAACUGUCUCACCAAGAUCCUGUUUGGGGCCCUGGUGGUGGUCUCACUUGUCAUGGUGGCCCUUCAGCAUUUUGCUGGCCGUUGGUAUCUUCAGAUCAUAAGAUUCCUCCUCCUGUUCUCAAACAUCAUUCCAAUCAGUUUACGUGUGAAUCUGGACAUGGGAAAAAUUGUCUACAGCUGGGUGAUCCGCAGAGAUUCCAAAAUCCCUGGGACCGUGGUUCGAUCCAGCACUAUUCCUGAGCAGCUGGGGAGGAUAUCCUACUUGCUUACAGAUAAAACAGGAACUCUUACACAGAAUGAGAUGGUCUUCAAGCGACUUCAUCUGGGCACGGUGGCGUACGGCCUUGACUCCAUGGAUGAAGUACAGAGCCACAUAUUCAGUAUAUACACACAGCAAUCUCAGGAGCCGCCCGCUGUGAAAGGCCUGGCCUUGGCCACCAAGGUGCGCAAAACCAUGAGCAGCCGCGUGCACGAGGCGGUGAAGGCGAUCGCGCUGUGCCACAACGUGACGCCGGUGUACGAAUCCAACGGGGUGACGGACCAGGCUGAAGCUGAAAGGCACUACGAGGACUCGUGCAGGGUGUACCAGGCCUCCAGCCCCGAUGAGGUCAGUUUGUAAAGUUCGGCUUGUGUUCCCACACUCGCGUUUUGUCCGGGGUGUAUUUUGUAGGUAAUAAAUUCAGUUCCUCUGACCAAGGUGGAAGUUGUGCCGGGUGGCCCUUCUGUCUGAGGAGGCAUCCCUUCCUGUGUGGGUGAGACGGACCUGGGGCAGCACUGCAGGGUGACCCACGUGAGAAGGAGGUUCGCAGCCUUUGGGCUGUGCUGUGCCAUCUUCCUCCAGCUCCUGGUC